GUUUAUUGAACUGAUAGAAGCAAUUUAACGAUUCUCAUCAACGCUUCAAAUGAUCGAUGAAUUAGCUAAGAAAAAGUAAAGCCAGAUCAUGGGCUCAUCAGGGCAAAGACCUGAACACAGACAUCCGGAUAUUCCCAUCUUUGAUACAGCAGCGAAAAGCGUGUAGUCAGUGGCAUAUAAGCAAAUUCUGAUGUAAGAAAGUAAAAGCAAUAUUUCAAUUUGUCAGGUCCGAACAGCAUGGGAAAAACACUUUCUUUCUAAUACUUCAUCCUUCAAAAUGGUUGAGCCCCUCGUAUCGUUGCCAACCUUUACUCAGUUAUCCAAGACAGUGUGGAGGGUACUUGGUCUCAAUCCCGGCAAAUUCACGCUCCAAGGCACCAAUACUUAUUUGCUCGGCGCGGGAGCAAAGAAACUGCUUAUCGACAGUGGCCAGGGAAUUCCGGAAUACAUCCCGCUCCUACAUGAAUCCUUACAGAAGAUAUCGCCUGAUGCUUAUAUUUCAGACAUAAUUAUCACUCAUAGUCACCCUGAUCACUUUGGUGGCCUUAAAGAUAUCCUUGGCUCGUCAUUGCUGAAUAAGCAUAAAAACGGUAUCACUGUACAUAAGUUUCCCGCACCCAUCCUUAACCGCUACUCGGAGCAUCAAAGUCUAUUUCCGGAGGAUGUCCCGUUUGAGCCAUUGUCCAACGGGGAAGUGUUCAAGGCGGAUUCGGUGACGUUGCGUGUCGUGCAUACUCCGGGCCACACCAAGGAUCAUUGCACGUUUUUUCUCGAGGAAGAAAACAGCUUGUUUACCGCAGACUGUGUUUUGGGCCAAGGAACGCCUGUGUUUGAAGAUUUGCAUGAAUAUCUUCUCGGUCUACGCAAAUUGGUCGAACUGAACCCUACAAGGUUAUAUCCAGGCCAUGGGCCUGUGAUCGAAGAUGGUGUGGCCAAGCUUAAAGAAUACAUUAGCCAUCGCGAGCUUCGGGAAAAGCAAUUGGUGGAUUUAUUAACGUCACAAGAGGGAAAGCAAUGGACGUCGAUGGAAGUUACUACAAUGCUGUACAAGGAUUAUCCAGAAUCGUUACAUUUGCCUGCUGCACGAGGCAUCAUGCUUAUCCUACAAAAGCUGGAAAAGGAGGGCAAAGCGAAAAUGGCAGAAGGACCAACAGAGGGCAAAAAUGUCAUGGACCUCAUCAACAAGGAAUGGAGUUGGAUCGAAAGUAGCUUAUAGUUAUUCCUCUUCACCUUCCUCCUCGUCCUCUUCCUGUGAUUCUCCGGAAAGCAUGUUUACCAUAUUCUCGACUUAUGUGCCGUUUUGAAAGAUUCGACCGCUUCAUCAUACUUUUUGACAACUUCAUCUUCAUCGUCUAGAAGGUUCGAUUGGUUCAAUUGGAGCAUUGCUAGCUAUAUAUUUUGCGAGUAAGUAUAUAGAGGAAACCUUUUCAAGUUGCAUUUUGACAUACCAGUUCCCAGCCUCGGGGAUAUUCGUUCUUGUGUUCUUCCUUGUAGAACUUGUUUGCAUCCAAAAGUAGCUUUUCACUUUCAUUGCAAAGUUCCUGUAUCUUUUGUC